CUGUCUCACUCUCACUAUCUCACUGAUAAGAAGCUAUUACAAAACAAAGUCAGAAAAUGGCUGAAGGAGCAGACCCGACUGGAGCGAAAGCUCUCACAGCACUUGUUGAAAAUGGAAAAGCUCUGCUGGACCUCGCCAAGAAGGAGAGCGGGGAAGGGACUCUGCAGGAAUAUAUCAGACAGAAAAUCCGCAUAGAGCAGAAACAGUCUCUGCUGGGUCUGAUUGAAGCUGCUGCAGAUAUGUACAGAAGUUUGUCUGUUAAGAGGAAAAAGGAUGCAGAGGACCUCUGGAGAAAAAACAAUAACUGUGCUGCUUUACGGGAAGCCAUGCAGGACUUACAGCAACUAGAAGUGCAGUGGGAUGCCUUUCUGCAACAUUUGGAUGAUGAGUUACAACUAAGUGCUGAAAUACUGGACAGAGAACAUCAGUCAAAAUAUAUUUCACCAGAUACAUCUCUCACUGAUGCCAGAACAGGAGAAACAGUGACAUUAAAUAAAUAUCUUGAAGAAGGCAGAAAGACAUUGCUGGUGCUAAUCCGUCAGUUCUCCUGUCUACUCUGCCGUCUCCACCUUAAAGAGCUGGAGAAGAAUCAGAGGUCCUUGGACGCACACUUCAUUAAAGUGGUGGUGGUUUCAUUCGGCUGCCAGGAGGGAGCUUCACACUGGCUGCAGGAGACUGGCUGUCAGUACGACAUGCUGCUGGACCCUGAGCGGAAGGUAUAUGCUGCAUUCGGCCUGGGAGCGUAUCUGAAGAAGGUGUUAAACUUCAGCAACAUGCUGCACUAUGCAGAGUACGUGGUGGACAACAUGGAGUUUCCAAGAGGGCUUCCGUUAAUUCAAGACGACAUGUUUCAGCUGGGAGGCGACUUUGUUUUGGACGAACAAGGGAGGGUGCUGUUCUCUCACCGCUGCCAGAGUCCCAUAGACAGACCCUCAGUGGAGGAUAUUUUAUCUGCACAGUGAAGAUGAAUCUCCUUCCUGCACCACACAGGUUAAUUAAAAGGAAAAGAAACAAGUGAUGCUGAUAAACAGCUGGGAAUAUGACUUAUUGCUAGGCCAAGCUGUAAAGUUAUAAAUAUUAUGACAACAAGCUUUAAGCAACAAACUUAAAGGAUUUGACUUGUCUAUAACAAAUAUAAUAUUACAUUUUACUGUACAUUGAGUAUUACUUUUGUAAAACUACUGGUUCAACUAAUUUUGUAUUAAAAAUCUAAAAAAAGACAAUAAAUCUCUUCAAUAAAGCUGUA